AUGUCUGCCCAAGUCCAGCUCCCCCCCCGUGUCGACCGUGGCACGCCCACGCUGGAUGACAUCUUCCAUGGCAUGCCUCGACAAGAGGUGGAAGACGACCCCAUGGUGGUGUGGGACAAGGGCGUGUUUUUCAACGAACUGGCCAAACAGGGCAUCGUGCUCAGCACCGGCGACAACGGGGCGGUCAAUGGCGACCUGGCUGCCAGUGCCGGCCUCAAAACCGGCACCUUCAAGGGCACGCAGAUGGCACUGACCGAAAUCUACAGUCUGCUUGAGGAAUCCGCCGUGUCUCACUUCGACAAGACCGGCCUCGAACCCAUCCUCCCAAUACAGAGGCAGUUCCAACAGAAGCAGGACACGUACCAGUGGAGCGAUCCGUCCAAAGACGGCUAUCCGCCCCAUCUGCAGACGGUGCCGCUCGACCAACAGGACGGGCAGCCCGGGGUCGGGCACAUCUUCGACCAGGCCGAAUCACAAUCGGUGAGCACAAUUGCCAAGGUGCUUUCGUUCCUGAUCCCCGACGAAAUCAGCCACAAGGGGACGCCGUACGAAGGCCCGACCCUGGCCGAGUGUGAAAAGUACAAUCAGGAACACAUCUCCAAGACCGACAUCAUGGACGGGAAAAACCUCGGCCACCUUCCCGACUGGUACUCGGACGCCCGGUUCGCCCAACAGCACCUGAGCGGCGUCAACCCGUCGACCAUCGAGGCCGCUCCGCCCGACCAGGUCAAGGCGUACACGGCCGAGGCGGGCAAGCAGGGCCUGGACGGCAUGAAGAAGCUGUUGCUGUCGCUGUCCGAGGGCCGCGACCUGUUCGUCCAAGACUAUUCGUACUUCCGCGCGGCCACCGGGGUGAGCGACACCGAAACGUUCCAGAACCUGGUGCCGGAACUGGACAACAAGACCAGGCAGCCGACGGGCAAGUUUACGUUCCGCUAUGCGUGUGCGCCGGUGGCCAUCUUCCAGCUGCACACGGACGGCCGACUUCACCCGUUGGCCAUCACGCUCGACCACCGCGGCAGCCUGGACAAAUCCAUCACCAUCUUCAACCGGCGGCUGAACCCGAACGACAAGGGCGGCGACGUCGACGAGAAGCACGACUGGCCGUGGAGGUACGCCAAAACCUGCGUGCAGACGGCCGACUGGGCGCGACACGAAGUGGCCGUGCACCUGGUCGACACGCACAUGGUGGAGGAGGCCAUCAUCGUAGCCACGAACCGCACCAUCCCGGACGACCAUCUGGUGUACGAGCUGCUGAGCCCGCAUUGGUUCCGCACCCUCGCCCUGAACGCCGCGGCCCGCCUGACGCUGGUGCCGGCCGUCAUCGCCCGCCUGGCCGGGUUUGGGCCCGACAUCACUCCCGACCCGAGCAAGAACCGCGUCUACCGGCUGGUCGACUGGUCGCACCGCCACUUCAACUUCCAGGACAAGUACAUCCCGAACGACCUCAAGAAGCGUGGCUUCGACAUCGACGUCGACGGCGACGGGGCCGCCAACCCCAGGUACCGCAACUACCCAUACGCGCGUGACAUGGCGCUGCUGUGGCGCGUGCUGCGCAAGUUCGUCGCGACCAUGCUGGCCCUCCAGUACCACUCCGACCGCGAUGUCACCGACGACGCCUGCAUCGCGGCCUGGUGCAAGGAGGUGCAGACGCACGGCCAGAUCCCUUCGUUCCCCACCAUCACCACCGUCGACCAGCUGGUCGACGCUGUGACCAUGUGCAUCCACACCGCCUCGCCCCAGCACACCGCGGUCAACUAUCUGCAGAAAUACUACUACGGCUUCGUCCCGGCCAAGCCGCCCGCCCUUUGCACCCCGCUGCCGCCCAACCUCGCCGCCCUCCAGGCCUACACCGAGAAGGACCUGACCGCCGCCCUGCCCAUCGGCACCGACGGCCCCAAGUGGAAGGACUGGCUGCUCGCCGCCCAGUUGCCCGAACUGCUCAGCUUCAAGGUCGACAACAAAUACAACCUGAUCACCUACGCCAAGUCAAUGUAUAACGUCAACAAGCGCCGCACCGUCCAAGAAAAUAAAAAGUUCGACGCAAAAACCAUCGCCAAAGCCUCCGCCGACUUCUACAGCGAUCUGAAAAACUGCGACUUGGCCUUCAAGAGGAUCUCCGACUGCCAGACUGACGGCACCGUCGAGUACAAGGUUCUGCAGUCGGAUUUGACUGCCGUCUCCAUCUUGAUCUGA